AGAAGAACAGGAAGCGAAUAUUUUAAGUCUCAGAGUAGAUGUCUGCUCCUCCCUGCUCCUCUUUUUCCGUGAAUGAUUUAGCUACCAAGAGGAGAGCCUGACGUCCUGAGAGCUGCGUUUUGUGGUUAACUAGUAUCAGAGACGCCUUGGGUCUGAGAUUGGGAGCUUGUGUGCGGGGCAAGGGCGUGUUUGAAUCGCAAGUGCUGGAGAGACCGACUGCCUCCUCCUUCUCCUCCUCCUCCUCCUCGGUGGAUGCUAGCUCGGUAGCCUUUGCAUGUUGCUGCACUCCUAGUUAAAGUUGCGUUAUAGUCUUCGUCCUUUUUUAUUUAUUUAUUCGGAGGUCAGGGCAGAAGAAGAUGGGAUGUACUCUGAGCACGGACGACAAGGCGGCGCAGGAGCGGAGCAAGAUGAUCGACAGGAACCUGCGGGACGACGGAGAGAAGGCGGCCCGGGAGGUCAAGCUGCUGCUGCUCGGCGCUGGAGAGUCUGGGAAAAGUACAAUUGUUAAACAGAUGAAGAUCAUCCAUGAAGCGGGCUAUUCAGAGGAGGAGUGUAAGCAGUACAAGGCCGUGGUCUACAGCAACACCAUCCAGUCCAUUAUUGCCAUUAUCAGAGCUAUGGGACGCCUCAAGAUUGACUUUGCUGAUCCAGCCAGAGCGGAUGAUGCACGGCAGCUGUUCGUCCUGGCGGGUUCAGCAGAAGAGGGCUUCAUGACAGGCGAGCUGGCCGGCGUCAUCCAGCGGCUGUGGAAAGACGGAGGAGUUCAGGCCUGCUUCAGCCGCUCCCGAGAGUACCAGCUCAAUGACUCUGCAGCAUACUACCUAAAUGACUUGGACAGGAUAUCCCACGGGGCUUAUGUACCCACCCAACAGGAUGUGUUGAGGACCAGAGUCAAAACUACUGGUAUUGUGGAAACACACUUCACUUUCAAGGACCUGCACUUCAAAAUGUUUGAUGUAGGCGGACAGAGAUCAGAGAGGAAGAAGUGGAUCCAUUGCUUUGAGGGAGUCACCGCCAUCAUCUUCUGUGUGGCUUUGAGUGACUAUGACCUGGUGCUGGCUGAGGAUGAGGAGAUGAAUCGAAUGCACGAGAGCAUGAAGCUGUUCGACUCCAUCUGCAACAACAAGUGGUUCACAGACACCUCCAUCAUCCUCUUCCUUAACAAGAAAGACCUGUUUGAGGAGAAGAUCAAAAAGAGCCCUCUCACAAUCUGCUACCCUGAAUAUGCAGGCUCCAACACUUAUGAGGAGGCUGCAGCCUACAUUCAGUGCCAGUUUGAAGACCUGAACAAGAGAAAGGACACCAAGGAGAUCUACACCCACUUCACCUGUGCCACCGACACCAAGAACGUGCAGUUUGUGUUCGAUGCCGUCACCGACGUCAUCAUCAAGAACAACCUGAAGGACUGCGGCCUUUUCUAAAGGCAGCCUGGUGGCCGACUUACCAAGUGACUUUAUUCAAGGCGAGUCUGAUUGGAGGGAUCUUCAUGGACCCUGCUGAGAAUGUCACUUUUAACCUCUUAUUAACUUAUGUUCAUCUCUAAAAGUUUUAAAGACGGUGUGUAGAAAAAACGUUUUGUGUAAAAUAUUUGUACAACUGUCUAUGCCCGGUGAUUUUUCACGGUUUUUAAAAUGUGCUUGUUUUACCUUAUCAUUAUUUUUAAUUUUUAUAUAAAAAAAAGGGGGGCCUUUACAUUUUUUUUUUUUUUUUUUGUCCAUGAAUGAACACUUUUUGUCUUUUCUUUGUAGGUGCUUGUGCCUUGCAUGCCUUAGUUGCUGUGUUUUCUUUUUGUUGACUUAGAUGUUAGGUUUAUGUAGAUGUUACCAUUCAACUCUUCCCAAGCCCCCUGUAGUCCAUAUUAUCUAUUUUUUUUCGGAUUAUUACAUUGUCACAUCAUUUUUGCCUCCUUGUACAAAUCAAACAAGACCAAGUAACUCAGUCGACCAAUUCACUCUGACUCUGACAUACUGUGAGAGAUGUGUGUAAACCUUUCUAGAUGUGUGGUUUGCAUGUGUGCUGCGAGUGGGAGCUUUGUUUUGGUUGAGGCCAAAAGCCUGUGUGAUUGUGAGUGAUUGUGUGUCAGCGUGUGCACAAUAUAAAACAAAGGGACUUUAUUCCUCUACUUGUCAUCCUCUUUCAAAGUUUUAUUUUUCUAAGCGACCAAAAAGAAGCUACUCUCUCUAAUUAAUGAGCGCACGUUGUUGGUGCGCUGCUACAAACUGAAACAUUCCUGAUUGAAUCAUGAAGUAAAGAGAAGCUUUGAAAAGAGGAUGCCAAUGGCGGCCUUGUAGCAGACAGUAGGACCAUAUGUAGAUCUGUGUUCAGUGCAUAGACAGACAGACAGACAGACAGACAGACAGGUGGCUGGGUACAAGUGCACUGUUAUUGAUUAUGAUCUGUGAUGGUUUCAAGUUACAUAUCCCCCCUAGACCCCCAACCCUCUGUUUCCAUUGGAUGGGGACAUUAGUGGACUAAUAUCCAUGAUUUUGCUAAUAAAAGAGUUGCUAUGGUGAAACUAUGGCAACUUAUGGAACACA